AUGACCACGGCAGAAAAUAAUCAACCAAGAAAAGUGCUCAUUGUUGAGCCAUCGCUCAAGCUAAAGUUGAAUAAGCAAAAUUCAUCCCUAUCACUCGAAUCACGCCAUUCGAUCCAAUCCUCGUAUGACAGCUCCAGAACUUACCAGAGAAGAGUUUCAUUUGACAAUGUCACCAAUAUUUCAUCUGCAUAUCAGUCAUUUACAUUGAAGCAAUGCAGCAGAGGGUUUGAAAGAACAAGAAGAUCCCGAACGUUUAUUGUGGCUAUCGAUUUAGAUUGUAAUAAGAUUGAACCGCUUAUCUUUGCAUUGACGAAUCUGGUGGAUGAAGGAGAUGAAAUUGUGGUGGUGGGUGUCUAUUCACAGAGCCAUCUGUUAGAUGACGAGGAAUUACAGCCAAAGGACAAAGCACAAGAGAUAAUGAACUGGAUAGUAGAGUCGCAUCAGGGAGACAAUAUCAGCAUGGUCGUAGAAUUGACUUUUAGUAGACCAGAGUUUGCUUUGGAGGAGAUGAUGAGAAUGUAUCAGCCAUCCAUGUUGGUCGUUGGAUCCAGAAACAAGGCGAAAUACAAGCAUGCUUAUUCUGGUGCUGGUAUAUUCAAGUAUAGACUGAAACACUCCACCAUACCCGUCGUCAUUGUGAGGGAAACGCCACAGCCACGACCCCAGCUACAACAUCUACCCAAGAACAAAGUGCCCUGCUCUACAUCAACGCUUUCUCUCGCUCCUGAAGAUGAUCCUGUUAAGCAGGAUAAUCAGGAUCCCCAAAACCAACAAUCUGUUAAAUUGGAGAAUCCAGGGCUAUCUAGACGAGUCAAAAAGACAUUGGCGAUAUUUUCCUGUACAUGA